UUAAUAUCUUUUGUACUAUCAUACCAUGUCUAUUUUUCUUGAAAUUAAAUCAUCUCACUUUUUGUGCAACAUGAUUUUCACCCGAUCACAGUGRAUUGCAUAAAKGCGCGAAAUCCAAUGUGCAUGUGACGCUUUAMUGAAAUUUUAGUUUUAGAGACUAUGGAUGCUCAAGAAAUUCAAGUUUUAUUGAUGUCUAUUUUGGGAUUUUUAUUGUUAUUGAUCAAUCUACAGCCUCCACCUCAACGCCUGCAGUUGUCACUGUAUCGGCGAAUUUUUCCAAAUUUCCAUGGCUAUCCCUUUCAUGGUCGAGAUGUUUUUAACUUGAUUUCAGGGCAAGCUUGGUUGUUUUGGCGAAACACCGGUGAAACUCCUGGUUCGUUUCUUCGCCUGGCCAAUGACCUUCUGCCUUCUUUAUCCCAACUCACWAUAUAUGGGGGKCAAAGAAUAYGACAGCGUCGACAGAAACUAAGUUUGAUAAAUCAAAUUWUAUUAGUAAUGAUUUGGCUACGCAAAUAUCCGCACGUGGAGAUGCUGGCUCUGUGGUUCGAUAUUGAUCCAACAUCCGUUGUCCGCAUUAUCCACAAGGUUCUACCCUUGAUGUGGCAGUACUUUUCUAAUCAGGUCGUGUGGCCUAAUUUACAAGAACUGCAAAACAUKAUGGGAAACUGGCCUGAAUUUCCUAAUGUAGUUGGYGUAAUAGAUAGUUCUCCUCAUGAGAUUUAUCGUCCACUUACGGAGCCUCAACAUCUUUUUUAUAGUGGCCAUAGGCACUAUCAUUGCAUGAACACMCAAAUGAUUAUUGACAAUGAAGGCCAUAUCAWAUUUUURCAGUCUGGUUUCUUUGGUARCACACAUGACGCGCUAUCGUUUGCACUCAUGGGUCCAAUAGGAGCACUACCGCCAAAUGCUWAAUUGCUAGCUGACAAAGGGUACCCCGAUGGAGGGAUUAUAUUAGCUCCUAUAAGAGCAAAUCAAAUGCGCCUGUUAAACAACAUAGAUCGACGAAGGGCAAGAGUAUUCAACAGGAAUCUUUCCAGAAGAAGGAUCAAAGUUGAGCACGUGUUUAAAGAGAUAAAAACAUUCAAAGCAAUCGGACAGAUUUGGCGUCACCCUCGCUGGCUCAUGCCCGUUUGUGUUGAGCUUGCCGCUUUUCUCUCAGAAAGACGUGCACGUUUUUUUAGCAAUAUUUAGCUAGUUGUCAUGUAAAUUUUUCGUUCUGAUGUUUAAACAUACUUUGUUAUUGUUCUUUUGUUAAGUUAUUAGUUCUACUCAUUAGAAUUUUGUGCAAACUCAUUAGCAUUUAAAAAUAGAG